AUGUCUCAACAAGACUCACAACAUUAUUGCAAAAUACAAGAACACAUCAACUCUCCAAAGCACUAUGGUGUUUUUACAGAAGAACAAGCUUUGACCCAAAAACUCCAAUUGGUUAUAGGUGAUUAUCAUUCAAUAUUAAGUGGUGAUGCAAUGCGCUUAUAUUUAUUAGUUGAUGCAACUGGACUUGUCCAAGAUGCAAAAUACGAGUUUUUUGGAAAUCCGAUAAUGAGUGGGUUAGCAGACGUCAUGACUGGUCUUUGCAUCCACAAAACGAUCGACCGUCUUUUAAAAAUAAAGAAUGACGAUAUAGAGAAAGAAGUGACAUCGGAACCAAAAACACCGAAAGAUAAGAUGUUCCGAACAAUGUUCUUCUACAAACUCAUUCAACAAGUCGUUUCUGUGUAUACCGGAAAAGCAAUGAACGAUAUUGAAAGUAUGGACUUGGUAUGCACCUGUGGAGGUAUUUCAUUAGCAAGAGUGAAAAGUGCUAUUAAAGAAAAGCAAUUGACAAGUGUCGAUGAAAUUGUCUUAGUCACUCGCGCCGGGACUUUUUGUGGGUCAUGUCUCCAAGCUGGAGGAAAACAUCCCAAAAAGUAUUAUUUGGAUGACGUCUUACAAGAAAUACAAGCAGAAAUAGCUCUAGAAAAGAAAGUGAAAAAUCACGAAAAAGUCACUUUAUAUCAAAUAAGUAAAACUAUUGAGACGUUCUUCCAAGAACAUGUGAUGAAGAAUUUAAAAGAAAAGAUUGAAAUAAUCGAUAUCAAAAAAGGUACUAAAGGCGAAAUGGUUGUUGUUAUUACUAUUGAACAGAGUUUAACUAUUCAAGAUACUAUAAAAAUAAAAGAGGACAUUCAGAAAAUGAUUAGAAAGGAAAUAAGUACCACUAUCGAUGUGAUGGUUGAAACUAUGUAA